GACAUUAUAAUAACAAGUUCCUUUUCAUUAUAACAGAAGAAAAUUGUUAUCUAAACAUUUUUGCGGUCAAACCAGAUAUUUUGCUGUUUAAAUAAAUUUUUAUUUUUUACUCUGACUUUCUAACCGUACUGUCAUUUAUUAACAAAAUCAAAUUGAAAUCGCAUUACCGCGCGUCCGUCUGAUGGAUGCCUUUCAUGAAAGAGGUGGGAAGAAAGAGCGGGGGAAGUUGGACCUCAAGUAACAGUCAUUCUCCUUGACCUAGUCUACAACUGACCACGGCGUAUGCCGACUGGAGUCAUCGUUCGAGACAUGAAUUAAUCAAACAUACAAAUCCAGGGAGCAACGCUUUUCUAGUUCUUCGAUUUAGGAGUCUGCACGACACAAUGUCGAGCCGCGAUCGUAUAAUAUUUCACUCUCAAGGAUCGAGUCUAGGACAGCAAGCAAAUAGUUCCCCAACAUUUUCAAUAGGAUUUUUUCACUUAAUUUUACUUCUACCAAUUUUACACUUAUUUAUAAUUCUUUAAGCUGGAAUUGAUUAUCUUUCAAUAAUCCUUUUAAUAAUCUUUUAAUGAUAAUUGGCCAAAAUGUUAUAAUUCUUUAAAAAAUUUCUUUCUUCAGUCUUGCCUUUUUAAAAUUCCCCUUUGUAAAUAUACAAUUACAAUUUUAUUUAUAACUUUUAUUCUCCUAAUAUUUUGUGAUUAUAAGAACUAUCUUCUAUAUGCUAUACUUUUUCGUAUCACUUUUAUCAUUAGGUAUUUAAUAUGUCGUACGUAUUUCUAGUAACGACUAUAAUUUUUUUUCAUAAGAAAGAAUUGAGGUUUAUUAUUAGGCAUUAUUUAAAUCGCUAUAGCCAAUGUCGUGAGCGUACACGUUCUGCGGAGAUUACGUAAAAACGAGAUGUAUCCGUUUCUUUCUUUACAUACACUAUUGUUGUAAUGCAGUAGUUUGCUAAUAAAUAUUUCAUAGUCGCAUGUGCACGAGUUCAGAUACAUUCAAUUGGAGUAUCAACAUUUUAAGUCGAAUACACAUGCGUGUAAUAUUUUUGUCAUCUAUAUAUGUAAAUACACGUCAGGUACUUUAUCGAUCUCAUCGAUUUGAGAGCUUAUUAAGUGUUUUAAGACAUUAGUUGAUUUAACCUACUGACAAGUAUUUACACGUAGAUAUUAUUUACAGAUGCAACAGAGAUCGACAAGGACCAAGACAGUCUGUAUCUCGCGUUCCACAAGUACCAUUUUAUCACCGAAGAGGACAAUCUCAAAGUAGCGCAACGUUAGUUAAUUACAUUAAUCGUUAUAUAAAGUUACUUAUAUAUAACUUUAGAAAGCAUCAAAUCAGUACUUAUAUUUUAUAUAAUCUAAAAUCAUAUAAACGUGAUUUUUACAACUUGAUUUUGUUGUCAGCAUUGACACGCGUGUGCUUCCUCUCUCAAUUAAUUCAAUUACAUUAAUUUCAUUAACGUUUAUACGAAAACGGCUUUUGUAUAAGUUGCUUAACUAAUGUCAAUGAUAUCUAUAUUUUUGGACUUCUGUACACACGUAAGCAAGCUACAGGUAGCUUGAAUUUUUAUCUUAUCAGAUCUAAGAUUGUUAAAACAAUGAAUAUAUUUAAAUGCCCAUGGCAACGUACGCGUUCUGGCCGAAACAAUGGUUACAUAAAUUGUUACAUAAAAUGUUACAUAAAUUGCUGUUUAAACAUUUAAUAGAAUUAUGAACAAAUAGUUUUACAUCUAUUUUUUUAUCCAAUUAGAUUGAAUGUUAUUUUUUUAAAUUUAAUUACACAUGAUUAUGGCAAUCUCUAUAUACGCAUUAUUAAAAUAAUUCUUGGGGUUUUUAAUAUCAAAGAACAUCCUUUAAUUUUUACGGGUUUUUUUAUGUGCUUUAGUUUGCUAUGCACUGUUAUUAAUAUUUUUUUAAAUAACGACUUAAUUCUUAUCUACUUCGGAGAAUCGCGUCCUCCUUUUUUUUUAAACUCAGUUUAACGCGAUAUAUAUUUCUGUUACAUUAAAUGGACCUGCAGUAUCUCCAGUCUCCCCGACGACGCUAUCGCGUUGCUCUUGGGGCUCUCUGGGGCCAGUCAGUCUCGAGCAGAAUUUUAACUUGGUCGAUCCGGUACUCUCGGUCAGUCGCUGUCUUUGGGCCGCAAACGAUACAUCGUCCGGCACCGGCGCACACGUAUAUCGAUUUUUAUCGUCGUUUUAAUCCACUCGUGAUUUUAACGCCCGUGAUUUUAACAAUGUCGGAACAAAUCGUAUUUCAGUGACGUUAAUUGUGAAAUCUCGUGAAACUAACUAUUUCGAGUGCAUGUGUUAUUUGUAUAUGAACAAUUUUCGAUUUUCAAACAUUCUCAAACAUAUUUAAAUAAUGAAGUGCAACGAGAAAAAUCAAACAUUAGGAGAAUUUUUAAAGAAUGUAAAAACUUGUCUCGUUAGUGCGGAUUUGAGUGAUAUUUUAAAAGAAAAAUUCUUUGACGAAUGUUUAAUGUGAACAAUGACGUGUAAUAACAUAACGCUAUCAGUGUAAUGAAAGCAGACGCAAAGAAAUACAGUUUCAAACAGUGCGAGAUCACGUAGCUCCGCUUAACUCAAUGAUUGCAAGGCCGAAAACAUAAUUCAUAUGGCAUCGCCGCCGAAUGAGUAUUUCUUCCCAAGCGAGGACGAAGACAGCUUGGAGGAUGAAUUAUUUCCAGAUCAUUUAUUCGAUAAGACGGAUGCGCUUGACAUUGUGGCUGAAAAGAAUGAAAAAACGCCCUUCGAGAACACCACACAUGAUGAGAACGGAGAUUACUUAAUUAAGGGACCUCAAGAUCUUAGUAACUAUUUAUUGACAACCAACGUUCCUAGUAUUGUAAAAAUAUUAUUAGUCUUUAGCAAAGAUGAUCAACAAAUGGACAUACUUGCUAAUAGCGCGAGAAGAUUGGGAUGGAGUGUAUCGGUGGCAAAAGACGCGGAGAAAGCAAUAGAACUUUUUCAAAAUCGUGCUCACGAAUUAGUGAUUAUCGAUCAUAGGGGACACCAUGCGGCCGAAGGCGAUGCUAUUUGUAGAGCGAUCAGAUCAAGUCCGGUUUAUCACAGUUCUGUCAUAAUAGCGCUCGUAAAAAAAUCAUACUUCAUGCUUGAUGAGAAAGACCACAUUGUGGCAUUGAAUUUGUUAGAAACGGGUUUUAGCAGAGCACUGAUAGAAUGUUCGCACGAAGGUAUAUUAAUAAACGAAUUAGUAGGGAUAUAUACUAGCUCAUUGUUGCCGAAAACUCAACUAGCAGCAGCGCAUGCAUUAUAUUUGGCACUUGACAGGUGUCGCGAUAUGGUGCAUGUGACCAAUGAUAAGAACAUUGUACAGUUUCUAAAUAAAGUCAGCGAAAAAUUGUUAGGAUAUAAGACAGAAGAGAUGAUUGGAAGAAAUCUCUCGGAAAUAGUAUACUAUGAAAAUUUCGCUCUCAUGGAACAGCAAUUGAGUAAGGGUCGGGAAUUCGAAGGGAAUAUGAAUUGCAAGAGGAAAAACAAUCAAAUGAUCACGAUCAAUUGCAGGAUAAUUCCGUUCUGUAUCACAUUAAAGUACGUGUCCUUGAUAAAACCAAGUCAUUACAUAUACGUAUACGACACCACGUAUCUGUCGGAAAAUUCAGCGCCAAUAAGCCCAAUUUGCAGCCCUUUACAUCCUCCUCUUAAAACGAGUACAUUGUCGAACGCGAGGAAAUCCUCGGAUGUCAGAUCUGGUGUAAGCGAAGGUCGUAGGCGGUCUAGUUUGCAGAAACUGCAUACCUUGCAACUGGAAGCUCCUAUCACCAAAGUCAUUACAUUGCUUUCAAACGCAGUUACGGAUACGACUAACCCGGAAACAGCAGCGCAGAUCGAUAAAGCAAUCGAUAUCCUAAAGACGACGGAACUCUACGUGCCGCAUCUUAAAGAAGAUAAGGCAAUGUACAGCGAUCCAGUUGCUACGGAUCUUGUCGGGGCGUUACUCGCUUCUCCGCGCACUGCAUGGGAAUCUAGAAGAUCGUCGUCGGAUUCCGCGAGAUUAUCCACUAUCAAAGCUAUCACGGGCCCGGCCAGCACGCGUGUGCAAGUGAAAAAUUUUCGAGGGCCGCAAGAAAUCUCGGAGAUAUUGGACAAGAGUCUCGACUGGGAUUUCGAGAUAUUCAAGCUUGAAGUAUUGACGGAGAAAAGACCGCUCGUUUUUUUGGGAUUGACGAUCAUGAAUUUAUACCAAGUGCCUACUACGUUACAUUGCGACGAGAGAACGUUGCAGAACUGGUUAGCCAUUGUCGAGCACAAUUACAACGCGGAGAACAGCUAUCACAACUCAACACACGCGGCCGACGUCAUGCAAGCCACUGCGAGGUUUAUGCAAUCGAAGAGGCUCAAAGAGAUUUUAGAGCCUUUAGAUGAGGUUGCUGCUUUAAUAGCCGCCGCUGCGCACGAUAUUGAUCAUCCUGGGCGGUCCAGUCAAUUUCUUUGCAACGCCAACAGUCGGUUGGCAAUACUCUACAAUGAUCUGUCAGUUCUCGAAUCGCAUCAUGCAGCCUUAACUUUCAAACUAUCGCUGUCCGACGACAGUGUAAAUAUAUUUAAAAAUCUGGAGCGAGAUGCGUACAAACUGUUACGACAAAAUGUCAUUGACAUGAUUCUGGCGACCGAAAUGACGAAGCACUUCGAACACCUGGCCAAGUUCAUGAAUGUUUGCAGCGCGAGAAUUGGAGAUGGACAAGAGAAACAUUUUUCGCAGACUUAUUCAGAUUCUCUGGAUAUGUCUGUGCUGCUACAGCCAGAUAAUAUAAUACUGGUUAAAAGGAUGAUGAUCAAAUGCGCGGACGUAUCUAAUCCAACGCGUCCUCUAAGAUCUUGCAUCGAAUGGGCGAGACGAAUCGCUGAGGAAUACUUUAACCAGACCGACGAGGAGAAAAAGUUGAAAAUGCCAGUCGUAAUGCCGAUGUUCGAUAGAAUGACAUGUUCGAUACCGAAAUCGCAAAUUGGUUUCGUAGAUUAUAUCAUUAAUGACAUGAUCGAGGCUUGGGAUGUGUUUAUCGACAUGCCGGAAAUAGUGGGCUAUAUGCGACACAACUACGAGAAAUGGAAGGAGUAUAAUGAGCAGGGCAUAUCCACUUUACAAGAUGUCGAGAAGCUACAACAACAUCCCGAAAUACAAAUACCGCGAUUAUCUUGAAAAGCGCAUCUCGUUCUGCGCAUCGUUUAUGUAAUACUUACGCUGCGAUUAUCGCAAAGACGUGUAUAGUAUUUAUGUAUUUAAGGAUAGAGCAACGACAUCGUGCCUUCUCGAGUCGUUUUCUAAGGAACUACAUGUAAUUUGCCGUUUUGCGCGCCACCAGCAUUUUCAUUAUUUAUAUAUAACUCCAUUCCCCUCAAUGAGACUCGCCGUAUUACUAUUUUAAACAUGUGACACAUAUUAAUAUGGUAUUUAUAGUAUAAAGAAAUACCUUUGUGUAUGCAGCUCUGAUGACUGUUACUUCGAAGUCUUCGCCGAGUUUCUCGCAUGCUGACUCAUAAAAUUGUGCAUCUGAGAUCAAUAAAUAAGAACAUUGCAUUCUAAUUAUUUCUUAUUCCUUACAGCAAUCGUCCUUUCAGCCAGAACGUGAUCCCUUGCCUAAUUUUGUCAGUUUCGACGAUAAUUAUUAUUUAGAAGGGCUUGGUAAAAUACAAAUUGAAAGAAAAUACUCGUACUUUGUGGUGUCGGAUUUCUUUAUUGUUUCUGUCAGCCUAGAAAUGGCGUAGGGCCUAUUUCUAUGCGCUGCAUAAAUACAGGAUUAAAUGAAACCAGAUAUAAAGUGUAAGCCGUAUCGUGAUGGAAUUUUGCACAAUUUUUAUCAACAGAGCGAAUUGUUAUCAGAUGGUCUCAAUUAUGCGAAUUACAAAUUUUUCGUUUCUCUUUUUUUUUGUUAAUACAGAAAAUACGCACUCGCUUUCUCAAUUUUUGUAAAUCUGUCCUGAUAUAAUAUUGUUGCAUUUAAAGACGAUAAUUACAUAUUAUAUAUGCGUGCUACAAAUCAAAAAGAGAAUAAGUAUAAUAACAUCAAUAGCCCAUCGAGUUACAAGUAUCAAUCUAACGGAUGGUUACUAAGUCACAUUCAUCGUAAAUUGUUACGUAUGUUGACAUAUGCUUACAAUAUCAUAUGCGUUACAUCAUAAUAUUCUCUAUAGUCGCACGGAUGGUCAUGGCCGUUUUAUCCAGUAUCAACGAGACAUUAAGCUUUUUUUUAUCCCUAGAAGGUAACCAGAAUAUCAAGUCGUUUUUAGAGUUAAUAAUCGAAUCAUCGAAAUGUGACACGUGAAAUACUACUAGUAUUUUGUGGAGUAUUUUGCACGAUUUAUAUUUUAUAUAAUUUCUAUUUUUAUUUCAAAGAAGUAUAUCAUCAGAAGUAUUUAUUAAGAGAAAUAGACAAGUAAAAACAAGAAUCUUAUUAGGAAGAGAUUCUUGGAAGAUGCUUGGAAUUAUCGAUUAAUUAUUACUGUUAACAUGAUUUUGGUGCGACGAGUGCCAACGCGUGGUUAGCGGACAUAAAAUAACUUAAUUACCUUACAUAGCUUAUCGUUACUAUAAUGCCACAUAGUAUGAUUCUUCCGAAAAUCUAAAAAUUACCCUUAAUGCUAAAUUACUCGCGUCUCCGAUGUACCCGCCACAAGUGCAUUGCCGGAUGUAAGAAUCUAUUUAGUCUUUCUUUUCUUGGGUAAUGUCCCCGAUAACAAACUGCGCGCAGAGUGGCAGCCAUUUAUUGCCAGUCUGCCUUCAAAUUUUGAUAGCAUGCUCUGCGCGAAAUCUAUUUCUACAGACUUGACUAUCUGGGAUGUCUUUUAAUUGAAUAAAUAAUUUUGUUUCUCGGGUGAAAAUCAAAAUUUGCCAUCGAUAACCGUUUAUUUCAAAGUACUAAAACUAUUUUUUGCUUUUUGGUCGAUGAGAUAUUUCAAUAAUGGUUAUCGUCCAGCUUGAACAUCACAGAUAGAUCCACUCUUUUUUUAUUACAUGAUUGAAAUUUGUUCAUUUUGCAGAGAUGCGACUGUUUCUCAGGUGUUGCUCAUUAUUAUGACAAGUAGCAUAUUUUUAGGCGAAACGUGAAUCGGGAGCUAUUUUGAGAUGGUUUUAUUAGCACUUGCCGCUAGUAGACGAAAUUCGCGGAGUAACAAAAUAAUCUAAUAAUAAUUCCUGUCUUAGACUAUUCUUAGCAUUACAUAUAAUAAUACACAUAUGCCUAACUUUUAUUUAUUUUUUUUUUUGGUGACGUGCACGUCAUUUUUUGUUAUUGUUUUAUAGUUGACCAUACCUUUUCAUACCUAUUGUCAUACCUAUUUCCAUACCUUUUCAUACCUAUUUUCAUACUUAUUUCCAUACCUAUUUUUCCCCGAUAAGGGAGAUAUAAAUCAGUCACUUAUAAAGUCAUCUUAACGAUUGUGGUGCGUUGCUGCUAAAAUUAUCCUCGCGCGAAAUGAUGCACGCAAAAGCUGAUCAGACUAUGAUCUAUUUCUCGUGCAAAUAAAAUCAUGCUCGAGCGAUUAUCGUGGCUAAAAUAAGUAAAUUCAAAAAUUCUGAAUUCGAGAAAGUGACGGUUCGACAAAAUUGUACGUCGUUAAUUGUCGCGCAAAGCAACACCAGCGUUAAUCAUAACUUUCCUUAUGUAGACUGAAUAAAAAAGCAGCAAAUCAAAGAAAAUGAUGUAUUCUAAGAAAAACACGUAUAAUCCAAUAUCCUAAGUGUAAGUGUAAAGUAGGCCUGAAUAGGAAUGCGCUCUUAGCACUCCCCGUGCAUUUUGACAACUUCUAUCGAUCUAAUAUUCCUCCGUAAGGUCAAAGUUUCAUCUACGACUUGUGAGAAUCCGAUCUAAUUCGCGGCAUUUAAAGUGUGUCUGAAUAAGUCGACGUUUAAAUUGAUCGUCGCGACUGAUCGAAGACGCGCCGUUUCUAUUUCGGUCGAUUUUUCUAUUUCUGGUGGAUUACUCAGCAAAGUACAACCGGAGUAAGAGAAACUUCAGAGAAACGUUUAGUUGAAGCCCCGUUUGAUGUAAAGCAACGACUGGACGGUCAGUUCGUUAGAGUGGAGAAAAUGUAACGCCGAGUCGUGCGGCGACAAAAUUAUGCGACCCUUUUUUUUUAGAAUUUUCGUUUAAACACAAACUGUCUAGAGUAACAUGCUGAUUCAAGUAAAGUGCAUUUAGAUUUAGAUGGCCUACUAUUAUGCCAUUCCACAAUUUUGACAGAGGUAGCAUUCAAACGUCGUGCAAAGCAAGACUCGAUAACACAUCGAUGGUGUUUGUACAACAGCCAGACACGGCGUCGUUUUCACCAUUCGCGAAUUCGUUACCUUUGAGUCUGCCUUUUGCAUUUCGUUAUCAGGCACCCUAAAUUCGGUUCGUAAGGUUCUCCGCCUCGCGCUAAUCGCGAGAUGGCAAACUGUCAAAAAGUCUGUUCUGACCGUAAAAAUCGCAGCUUCACGAAAUAGCGAGAAUGUUCGAGAAUGCCAUCGUGAGAAAGAACGAUGCAGUCGACCUCCAAAAUCUCGUCUGUAUUCGAAGUCGAUGUAUUCUUGGAUAAGACAGUCAGUGAAACGUCACGUGACAUUGUAUAGGAGAGAACCACCUCCGCAUCGCGGCUAUUUAAGAUAGACCCGCGACUCGCGCCAGAAUCAGAAGUUGACGCGAGCGAUACCCGGAAUCUGGUUUGGUGAUCUUCGAGAGUGAUCGGAUCUUCACGUUCCACGGUACGGUAGUAAUUAAUAUAUACGGUACGAUAUUCUAAAAUAUUGUGUUUCUUCGCGUCGCACUCGCGGGAUUUCCCUGUUAUUUUCGCGCCCUCAUUAGCUCACUAAUAUAGCUUAAUACGAAUUAGAUUUAGACGAUGUAAGGAUUGUAAUAUAGCAUAUUAAUGGAGCUUGUAAUAUAUAUCGAUAAGUUUAGAAUUACUUAAAAGUAACCUUACGCUAUCUGUCGAUUUUCCUCCGCUUUUAGAUCAAGAUGUAAGCUUAUCAGUACGUUUUGUGCGAGAUAAUCUUAAUUUAAAUCGGUCCUUAUGUCCUCGCACCCACCCACCCAACUACUAUCGAGUCGUUGAAAACGCGUGUCCUUAACUAUGGAAGAAGGGAAGAGCGAAGAAUUUUAUCGCGAGUCACCUGCGAUUCAUGAAUUUUUAACCGUCGAUAUUGCGUUUAGUUAAUCGCGCGUAUCAGAACGCGUAUGAGGUACAAUGCUUAGCAGUUGCGGAGGGCGUGUGACUCUAAACUAGUCCCUGCGCUAUCUGAUUGAUCGUUAUCGUUGUUCCAUCGCUUAAGUUGGUCGAUACUCAAUUUCCGACAAUCCGUCGGCCCGAGAUUGAGCUUUCGCUUAAACUCCCUGCGUGAUCUUACGCGAACGGACUAGCUUCUCGCGGUUCCGCGCAGCCGCUUAUGACUUACGACUAGCCUAAACUUUAUUAAAUAUUAGGAUUCUCUUUUCGUACGAUUAUUGAGUCGCGUAACCGAUUUAUGAUCUAUUAAUCUACUCUUAUCUUUUUCGCAGCCGUAUUUCACGUUGUACGCGUAUUUUGCGGAAAUUAUACAAAUUAGACGACAUUAUUUACCGAGAUGUUAUCUUUGAAUUUGCUUACGCGCCAAGUCGCGCGAGGAAAGUUCGUAAAUUAAACCGUAUGCGGUAUAAAAAAAAAUCCCAUUUACGUCGCGUCGUGACAUAGUUGACUAUUGUGUUUUUGGUUUCUUUUGCAAUAAUAAUCAGAUUUUGCCUAGUCCGUGAUCCUGACGGGGAUAAUUCAAGUGAGAGUAAAAUCUUGCAUAUAUUAGAUUUUUAGAACAAAGGAGGGUAUUUAAUUCUUAUAGUGCGUGUGAAUUAACGGACUCGGUGAGGUGCCUUAUUUUACGUUACCCUGAAAACUAUCGAUUAACCUGUAGCCUAUAUUCUUAAUUAGUGUCGACGUGUGACGAGUCGAGAAGAUGGGAUACGCUUAUUGGGGCCUUAUGUUAUAUAAAUGCAUUUUGUGUUUAAUUCGUCAGCGUUCCUAAAAACUUAUCCAUUCCGGAAUGGAUGAUUCGGAUUUCAGUAAGUCUUUUGUAAUUGCGAUGCGUCUCGGUUGUUGUAGAGUCGCGCGGUAAGUUUUUAUACGCUAGAAUCGCGUGCGUAAUGCCUGUAUGGGUGCACGUAACAGUAACUCAUAACCCGAACAACGGUAGUUCGGGCGUAGUUCCGAGAGAUUAAUUAUACGCUUAAUGAUAAUCCUUAAAUACCGUCCGAUCGAUAAUAUUAAUGAGAGAACUAACGUUAUCGCUUGUGUACUGCUUAAAUCUUACAAGUUAUAACAUAUAUAAAAAAAAAACAUAAUAUAUAUGUCGCAAAG